AUGAGUGAAGACUCUUCUGAAAACAGUGAAGGAAGUCGAGACAUCUGUACAGCAGGAAAAGAAGGAAAACUGACUCAUGGGAUUGCACCUCAAAUUCCCAGCUCUCACCUACAUAACAAAAAGGGUCUUCCUGUGACUGUGGAUGAAGAAAGAUUUCUGGAUAAACCACCUCUGUCGUACAUAGCUUUGAUUGCAAAAGCAAUUCUUUCUUCCCCCACAAAUAAACUGAAUUUAGCUGCUAUCUACAAAUAUAUUGAAGAUAAUUUUCCUUUUUACAGGAACAAAGGUCGAGGCUGGAGGAACAGCGUAAGGCACAACCUUUCACUAAAUGAUUGUUUCAUCAAGGUGGGAAGAUGUGAGGAUGGCAAAGGAAAUUACUGGAGUAUUCAUCCAUCAAACUUAAAUGACUUUGCUCACGGGGACUUCAGGCAACGUCGAAGGUCACGAAAGCGAGGACAUCAAAAGGAGCUAGAGCACUGCCUUGCUGCGAAUUAUUUCAUGCCAUGGGGACCCUAUCCUUCCUGCCCUGCACCAAAUUUGCUUUACCAAACACAUUAUUUUCUGGAUCCACUGUGGAAAAUGCUGUAUGCUGACRGACUGCAGUUUGUACAUGAACACCAAAAAUGGAAUAUAGAGGGUCAGCCUGUGAGGCCACUGAACGAGACGAGGGCUUCGCGGAACAAAGCGCAGCCCUGGCAGGGGGCAGGGAGAGCUGCGGACACUGGCGGGAGCGGACAGCGUCCGGCCCGACGGCGGCAGCCCGCGCCAGGGCAGAGCCGAGCACAGCAGGGCAGGGCAGGGCUGGGGCGGCAGGGUCGGACCCGCGGGUCGCUGCGCGCCGCCGCUCCCGUCCCGCCGGCCGACGAUGCGGCGGCCGCCGAGCGUCCAACGAAGUUGGCGGUGCCCGCGGCCGGGCCGCGCCGUCCCACCGGUUCCGUACCGCGGGCUAGCCCCCACAGAAAGUGUGCCGCACGGCGCCUUCCGCCGGCACCGGUAUCUGGCCGCCGCCGCAGACGRCUCCUGAGGGAGAGCUGCCUCUCCCCCGGGGCGCGCUUCCCGCCCGCGGGGAAUGGGGACCGGCGGUCUCCGGACUGCGCAGCCUGUGCCCCCGCGGGGCUCCGCGCCCCUGCCCGCGGAGGCCAUCGGCGGCCGGAGCCUGCGGGGCUCGAUUUCGUUUGCAGGCCGGCGGGACGCGUAGCGGCGGGUCCCGCGCGGUUCCCCUCCCGCCCCGCUGGCUCGCGGGGCGCGGAGCCGUGGAGGGCGACUGCCCGCGGGAACACUGUUCCUCGGCUCCGCGGGGUGCGGGGCGAGCGUCCCCCGCAACCGUUGYGCUCGUAG